AUGUCGGAAUCUGGGCUACCAGAGUUUAUCGGGAACCGAUGUCGCGAUAUCGACAAUUGCCGCACAAUCGCUGGAAUCCUGAUUAGCUGUCUUUCCACCGUUAUCCUCUCGACCUAUUCUUCCCUUCAUCCAAACGUGCCCAGGACCCGGCGUGGUCGCUACAAUAACGAGCUCUCAUUUUCCGAAUCUCCACGCAGAUGGAUCGUGCAACAAAUCAGCGACGUUUACCCCAAACUCAUCAUGUUUCUCAUUGGCUUGAUCGCUCCAGAGGUGACAUUCGGCCUGGCCUUUCGACAAUACCUGAACAUGAAACAGAUCCCUACAACAUCCACAAAACACAGGCAUGGUUUAUCGUUAUGGGUGGCUUUGCAACACCAACGGGCGGCCCUUUCAAAGUUGACUUCAUACGCCGAAAUCUCCGUCUACAUCGAUGUCAUUCGCGCCUUUGACGUCGCAGACAUCGAAGACAAAAGCAAGGCCGACCUUGUUACCAAGUUUAUCGCGCUAACCCAGCUGGUCUGGUUUGUUGUCCAAAUCUUGGCGCGACUCCUGUUGCGGCUGCCAUUCAAGUUGUCCGAAUUGGAGGUAGCCACCGUUGCCUUUGCUUUGAUACCACUCUGCACAUGGUGGCUGUGGAAAGACAAACCCCAGGACGUGAAUGAAGCGAUCAGAUUAUCAGUCGGGCGUGAACGGGAAUAUAUUCAUUCGAUGACGCCGGCGCCAGGGAAGGAGGAUGAGGGUGACCAGACCAACUCAACAAUCACCCAUAGCGAACACAGUGAAUUGCUCGAGAACGCUAGCAGCGGCGAGUUACUGCCCAACUCAAGAUUCCAGCGGUCGCUCGCAUCCAUUCUCACUGCCAUCUUCUUCGGCAACUUCCAUUCCGACUACUGGCGUCCACGAAUCGAAAAAUAUAUGGCCGUGCCCAUCUUUUGGACAGGCCCUUGGCUCCUAGAUCUCGGACCUGCUGCCAAUGGGCGGCGCAACAUCUCGGAAAAUAGCACCAACUCCACCCACGGAACAUCACUCACCCUCCAAUUCAUCCUCAGUUUGUUGUUCGGCGCGGUCCACUGCGGGGCAUGGGCUCUCUACUUCCCGUCUGUCGUAAUAGCCCGCCUGUGGCAAUGUGGCGCAGUAGCAGUUAUUGGCUGCCCACCGCUGGCUUUGUUGGCCAACGCUCUAUCUAGACGGUUGCGGCGACGGCACCCAGCCUCGUUUGUCUGGCGGCAGGUCGCCAACACGUUCACGACCAUCAACCAUCUCACUAUCCUCAGCUACGUCGUGGCGCGGGUGGUCUUACUAGUGCUCGCAUUCGCGACGUUGCGGGAAAGGGACCUUCCUUCUGGCAUAUUUGUAGACUUUUCUUGGAGCUCGCUGAUUCCCCAUCUCUAA